CAACAACAGCUGCAGCAAGUUUUGUUGUGUGAAAUAAAAAAUGUAAAGAAAUGUUUAUUUAUUAACAAUAAACUUGCUGCGGUUGUGCAAAAUAUGUGCAAUAUAUUAAAUUCAAGUUGCAUUGAAGAGCAAAAACAUAGAAUGCUAGCCAGCGCAUGGUGCAAAGUGCUGCUAAACAUUCCCAAACCUUCAGCACCAACAAAAAGCAACAAAAACAAAACUGAGACACCUAUGGACAUAGAUAUGGAGCCGAGCGCUGUUUCAACAACUGGAAAAAGUAAAAAUAAUGUGAAAGGGAAUGCCAAGAAACAAAUUGCAAUGCUGGAAAAGGGCGGACAAUGUCCAUAUUGUCCACGCAAGUUUGAUAGCAACUAUGAUCUCGAUAUACACAUAAGGAUACAUACGGAUAAUUUACGUUACAAAUGCUGCUAUUGUCCCACAAACUUUUCACACAAACAAUCUUAUUAUAUACACAUGUACACCCAUACGGGUGAAUUUCCACACAACUGUUCAUAUUGCCCCAAAGGAUUUCUACACCUCGGCCUACUUAAGAGGCACAUACAAAGACAUUUCGAUGAAACUAUAAAAUGCCAGAUUUGUUAUAAAGAGUUUGCGAACGGAACUGAGCUUCUUCAGCACAAGCGCGUACACAAAGAAAAGCCAGAUUCUGCGCUUAGCUCUGAAUUAAAGAAACAACUGCUGUUACCUGUAGUUCAGCCUAAGCGUAAAAGAAGCUUGGUAGAAAGUCGGAAGGCCUUACUAAGAGCUAAAUCAAAGAUAGGACAGACUACUCGUAAUAAUGUUAAAAUUAAAACAGAGCCUGUGGAUUUAAUGCAGGAGGAAAAUGUAGAAAUGUUGCCUGAGAUAGUUUCAACAGUAAAGGCAGCAGCUGAUGAAGCUAGUGGUCAACUGAUGGAAAUGCAACUAACUAAUCCUCGCACCUUGGAGCAACCGCAGCAGCUUAUACAAGUCAAAACAGAGCCAAAGGAAUCCCAAGAGGAACUAAAUCAAACUAAUAUGCAACAAUCUACAGAUGCAAAUCAGCGACUUUUAGAGCAACCUGCCCUAGUCGUGACUGCUGCGCCACUGCCGGAAAAAAAUAGAGAAAAUUCUAGUAAUCACACAACAGCAUGUGCAACAACUAUAGCUAAAGAGUCUUUAAUUAACUGGCCUAUUGCUCGUAAUGCGACUGAGGAACGUUGUUAUCAAUGUGCACAUUGCCAUUGCCGUAACUUUAAGAUUAAAAGGCGUUCUUCUUUUUAA